UUAACUCUCCCGUCUUCAUUGUCCCGCCCUCAAGCUGUUUGCUGAAUGUUUCUGAACAUUUCGCACAAGAUAUUUAGCCUAACGUUACGUCUCAUCAAGAAUGUCUAGAUCUGAAUGUGACUCAUAGUCAAGAAGAACAACAUAUGACUUCAGAGCAGACGCUUAUAGGGCGAAUAAGCACUUAACAACCGACUCUUCAGGUGUGCAACUUCAUGCAUAGCAAAGAUGCCACUCGUGAAGUUCUUGGUCCAGCACCUCCGUGUGCCAGCUCUAUGGCACGAGAUCUCAAGAAGUGCCUCUUCAGGUACCAUGGUUAUCAAAGACCCUCUCAACUUUUGGGGUGCCGGUCGAGUGAAACUUCAUGACGCAGCACAUACAGAGGCUGUUUAUGAACCUGCCACUGGACGGGUUCUAUGCCAGCUGGAGCAUUGUGGACCAAAGGAGGUGAACCAGGCAAUGUUGCAUGCACAGACAGCUUUUGGGGUUUGGAGUAAGAUGGCAGGAAUGGAGAGAGCCAAAGUGAUGCUGGAAGCAGCCCGCAUUAUUGAGAUUCGAAGGGAAGAUAUUGCGGAGGCAGAAGUGGUGAACAAUGGGAAAUCCAUCACAGAGGCCCGUCUGGAUGUGGACUCAGCCCGUCUGUGUAUCGAGUACUAUGCUGGACUUGCCACCACUCUAGCAGGACAACAUGUCCAGUUACCUGGUGGUUCAUUCGCCUACACACGACGUGAGCCCCUUGGUGUGUGUGUUGGAAUCGGUGCCUGGAAUUACCCUUUUCAAAUCGCAGCCUGGAAGUCAGCACCAGCCCUUGCUUGUGGAAACUCCAUGGUGUUCAAGCCAUCGCCAGUGACCCCUGUGACUGCAGUUCUUCUGGCUGAGAUCUAUGCCCAAGCUGGUGCCCCCAGCGGGUUAUAUAACAUAGUGCAGGGUGGACAGGAAACGGGCAUGCUGCUGUGCCAUCAUCCAUCUGUGGCAAAGGUCUCUUUCACAGGGAGCGUCCCCACUGGCAAGAAGAUUAUGGAGAUGGCUGCCAGUGGGGUCAAGCCAGUGACACUAGAGCUUGGUGGGAAGUCUCCUCUCAUCAUCUUUGAGGACAGUGACUUGGAGAACGCCGUCAAAGGGGCACUUAUGGCAAACUUUCUGUCUCAAGGCCAGGUUUGCAGUAAUGGGACUCGAGUGUUUGUUCAGAGGCAGAUUCUGCCUCAGUUUUUGGAGGAGGUGGUGCGAAGAACUAAAACCAUCCAGACAGGAGACCCGCUGCUGGAGCAGACACGCAUGGGCGCUUUAGUAAACCGGCCACACCUGGACAAGGUGCUGGGAUUUAUCAGCCGGGCUAAAGAAGAGGGAGCCAGGAUACUUUGUGGGGGAGAGCCCUUUAUCCCUGCUGACCCAAAGCUCAAAGAUGGUUACUACAUGUCUCCAUGUGUGAUUGAUAACUGUACGGAUGACAUGACAUGUGUACGGGAGGAGAUUUUUGGGCCAGUGAUGUCUGUAUUGCCAUUUGAUACAGAAGAGGAAGUUCUGCAGAGAGCCAAUGACACUACCAUGGGCCUAGCAGCUGGAGUCUUCACCAAAGAUGUGAAACGUGCGCACCGUGUGGUGGCGAACCUGCAGGCUGGUACCUGCUUCAUUAACAACUACAACAUCACUCCUGUGGAGGUGCCAUUUGGAGGCUACAAAGCAUCAGGUAUCGGAAGAGAGAACGGACAAGUGACCAUUGAAUUCUACUCUCAGCUGAAGACGGUGGUGGUGGAGAUGGGGGAUGUGGACAGUCUCUUUUAAGUACAAGUCCUGUGAGGACACACCGCAUGCUGCUAGAACAUGUCAUGAGCCUUAAACAUGUUGAAGCUGGCCACCUGAACACUGGCCCACACCUUACAGUAUCUAUUUUGUGUAAGUGCACUAUUUUGAUUAACCACAAGGUGACACUAUUGGGCUAAAAUGUGCUUCAUCCAUGGGAAUGAUUACGGUACACCUUUCAUGACCCGCCUUAUUCAUUUUCAGCCCAUGUUUCAAUUGAAUUUGUAAAAACUUUGACUAACCAGAUGCUACUACCCUGCCACUUACUUGAACAGUUGAUAUAUAUAAUCACUGUUACAGUUUUUGUGAUUGGAGUGAUUGAUUUUAUUUUUUACACAAGUGUGCCAAUAUCUUAAAUAUUCAUUGUAUAAAUCAUUAAGAUUCAUUCUUACUGCAACAUUACCCUGACAAAUGUGAUCUUGUAAAUCAAUAUCUAAGGGAAGGACAGAGAGGGGGAGUAAUGAAAGACCAUUUCUAUUUUUCAUUUUGGGUUCAAUAAAGGAUAAUACUAUGAAGCAUGAACAGUAAA